AGUCGGACACGUAAACAAGCAGACAGCAAACAGCCACAGCCCAGCUCUGGACGCUGAGGGGGGGCAGCGGGACCGGCUGGGGGGUUGUGCCGGAUGCUCGCUGAAGGCUUCUAGGAGGAGGUGGCCUGAGAUGACUCCUGGAGGAGAGGCAGGUUUCUUAGGUGGAGGAGCCUUCCUGAGCCAAGCUCCAGAGACCUGAAGGUCAAGGUUGCUCCGGGGACUUCAGCCGCGCCGGGGACCGCCGCCCGCCGCCGCCCAGCCCGCACCCGCCGGCAGCGCAGUGCCCGGGCACCUGUUGGAGGCAUAGAGGCAGGGGUGCUGCAUGAGGGGCCGCAGGGGCGACCGCAUGACCAUCAACAUCCAGGAGCACAUGGCCAUCAACGUGUGCCCCGGGCCCAUCCGGCCCAUCCGCCAGAUCUCCGACUACUUCCCCCGCCUGGGCCCGGGACCUGAAGCAGGGGGCGGGAGCUGCGGGGAGGCCCCUGCUCACCUGGCCCCCCUGGCCCUGGCCCCCCCUGCUGCCCUCCUCGGGGCCACCACGCCUGAGGAUGGAGCCGAGGUGGACAGCUACGACUCGGACGACGCCACCGCCCUGGGCACCCUGGAGUUUGAUCUUCUGUAUGACCAGGCUUCCUGCGCUCUGCACUGUAGCAUCCUCAGGGCCAAGGGCCUCAAGCCCAUGGACUUCAACGGCCUGGCCGACCCCUACGUCAAGCUGCACCUGCUCCCUGGAGCCUGCAAAGCCAAUAAGCUAAAAACAAAGACUCAGAGGAACACGCUGAACCCCGUGUGGAACGAGGACCUGACGUACAGCGGGAUCACGGACGAGGACAUCACGCACAAGGUGCUCAGGAUCUCUGUCUGCGACGAGGACAAGCUGAGCCACAACGAGUUCAUCGGGGAGAUCCGAGUGCCCCUUCGCCGCCUCAAGCCUUCCCAGAAGAAGCACUUCAACAUCUGCUUGGAGCGCCAGGUCCCGCUGGCUUCACCGUCUUCCAUGUCGGCAGCGCUGAGGGGCAUCUCCUGUUACCUGAAGGAGCUGGAGCAGGCCGAGCAGGGCCCGGGGCUGCUGGAAGAGCGCGGCCGCAUCCUGCUGAGCCUCAGCUACAGCUCCCGGCGCCGGGGGCUGCUGGUGGGCAUCAUUCGCUGCGCCCACCUGGCCGCCAUGGACGUCAAUGGCUACUCGGACCCCUACGUCAAGACGUACCUGAGACCGGAUGUGGAUAAGAAAUCCAAGCACAAAACCUGCGUGAAGAAGAAGACGCUGAACCCAGAAUUUAACCAGGAGUUUUUCUAUGAGAUGGAGCUCUCCACUCUGGCCACCAAGACUCUGGAGGUCACGGUGUGGGACUACGACAUCGGCAAAUCCAACGACUUCAUCGGUGGCGUGUCCCUGGGCCCGGGUGCCCGUGGAGAGGCCCGGAAGCACUGGCGUGACUGCCUGCAGCAGCCGGACACAGCCCUGGAGCGCUGGCACACCCUGACCAGCGAGCUGCCGCCCGCAGCCGGGGCCCUCCCCUCAGCCUGAGCCCCCGGCCCGGCCCAGCACGGGCCCCCCAACUCCCCCAGCCACCCGGGGGCCUGGGGCCAGCACCCAACCUUCGCACGAGUGUGUUGCACGUUUACACGGGGUGGGACGUCCCCCUGCCCCGCACUACCUGUCUUAUUCUCGUGAGAGUCUCCGUGACUUGGGUCUAUCUGCUCGUGAGAGACUGUGGAGAACACAUUCACAUAUGCAAACUUCCUCCUGCCUGACUCCCUAGCGCCUGCAAUAUGCAAAGCACCCUGCCUCCGCACACCCGCGGGAGAGCCGUGCCAGCCCCGCCCCAGGUAGGUGCGCCCCUCCUCCUGCCUCUCCAGGCUGCCCGCCCCUCCUGUCACGGGGAGGAGGUCGGAUUAGGGGAGGCUCGGAGGAGGAGACCGUUUCCCAAGCAGCAAAGGACAACAAAAGAGCUACUCCUUUAUACAGAACCUUCCUUUAAAAAACAAAACCAGAGCACACCCGUAGCCCUGGACAGCUGCCCUCGUGAAGGGGUGGCCCCCACCCGCUCGCUCGCUCGCUGUCCCCGAGGGGCUGGGUGUGAGGGCGGGGCCCUGCCGCCUUCCGGGGGCGGGGGCGUGCGUGCAUGUUUACGCCUCUUCUGGUUGUGUGGUGGCCAACGCAUGGCAACUGGGCGGCAAUAAACGUCUCUGAGGAA